AUGUCGGCCCAGAACUCCCAGGGUAUCCAGACCCUCCUCGAUGCCGAGAGAGACGCAUCCAAGAUCGUCCAGAAAGCCCGCGAAUACCGAACCAAGCGCGUGCGCGAGGCCCGCGACGAGGCCAAGAAGGAGAUCGAGGCCUACCGGCAGCAGAAGGAGGACGAGUUCAAGAAGUUCGAGUCGGAGCACGCCGCCGGCAACAAGACGGCCGAGGACGAGGCCAACAAGGAGGCCGACGCCAAGAUCGCCGAGAUCAAGGGCGCCGGCAAGAAGGGCCAGGACAAGGUCGUCGCCGAGCUGCUGAAGGCCGUCUUCGAGAUCAAGCCCGUCCCACCAACGGCUGCGUAA